AUGAAACUUGGUCUGGUUCUUUGCCUCGGGCUUUUCGUCGGCAUCAAUGCCAAAUCGCGUAAGUCCAUUGUACUUCUUCUGUUUAUUGCGCCAUUUUUAAGUCUUCAAAAGAGACAAUAGUUAUGGAGAUGAGCCCGCAGCUCAAGUAGCAGCGGCCGAUUCUGCCCCCGCCCCUGCUAGUUAUCAGGCCCCUGAAGCUGCUCCAGCUGCCGUCCAACAACCAGCCGCCGCGCCUUCUGCUGUCGCAUCUUCUGGUUAUAGGAAAAAGCGCGACAACAGCUACGGAGAUGAGGCUGUGACCCCAGCUCCAGCUUCCGCUCCUGUAGCUGCAGCCCCAGAAGCUGCCCCAGCUGCCGUUGAACAACCAGCUGCUGCCCCAGCCCCAGUUGCUUCUUCUGGUUACAGAAAGAAGAGAGAUAAUUCUUAUGGAGAUGAAGCCGCACCAGCCGUCGCCGCAGCUCAAGCCUCCGAACCAGCUGCCAGCUAUCAAGCCCCUGAAGCUGCUCCAGCCGCUGUUGAACAACCGUCUGCUGCCCCAGCCCCAGUAGCGUCGUCUGGAUACAGAAAGAAGCGCUCCAACUCCUAUGGCGAUGAGGCCGCUCCCGCUGUUGCUGCCGCUGAGGCUUCGGCCCCCGCUGCCAACUAUCAGGCCCCAGAAGCUGCUCCUGCCGCCGUCGAGCAGCCAGCCGCCGCUCCAUCCCCAGUUGCCUCUUCCGGCUAUAGAAAGAAGAGAGAUAACUCUUACGGAGAUGAGGCUGCCCCAGCUGUUGCAGCCGCCGAGUCCGCCGCUCCUGCCGCCAGCUACCAAACGCCUGAAGCCGCUCCGGCCGCUGUUGAACAACCCGCCGCGGCCCCAGCACCAGUCGCCUCGUCUGGCUACAGAAAGAAGCGUGACAACAGCUAUGGAGAUGAGGCUGUGACCCCGGCUCCAGCUUCCGCUCCUGUAGCCGCAGCCCCAGAAGCUGCGCCAGCUGCCGUUGAACAACCUGCUGCGGCUCCAGCUCCAGUUGCCUCAUCCGGCUACAGAAAGAAGCGCUCCAACUCGUAUGGAGAUGAGGCCGCUCCAGCUGUUGCUGCCGCUGAAGCCUCGGCCCCAGCUGCCAACUACCAGGCCCCAGAAGCCGCUCCAGCCGCUGUUGAACAGCCUGCCGCCGCUCCAGCUCCAGUUGCAUCAUCUGGAUACUAA